UUGCGUCCCCGCCCGUCAUUUCUGACAGCCACGAAAAGCAGGGCGAUUCAGUAGUAGAUCAAGCUCCACGCUGCAUCAAGAGAGAUAAAGGAAUUUGCACCUGAAACGAAAAUUCAACAAGGAAGAACCUUAUUGCACUAUGGGAGUAUCUUCCUCCAGUCUUCUUGAUGAAAGCAAAUCCAACUACAUAAAAGGCCGGACAGAGGCGGAGCUGAAGAACUUCAGCCCGCAUUAUCGAAGGCAGUAUGCAGUGGCCUACUUCUCCCAGCUGCAGGAGGAGGUGGAACAGCACAGGACCGGCCACACGCACCUCCUGAAACAGAGGGCACCCCCAGAGAAUGCUGAGAUCCUGUAUGAGGAGAGCGUGCUUUAUUUGGAUGACUCCAGGAAGUGGAAGGAGAGGUUUGUGGUGGUGAGAGCCAACUACAGUCUGGAGUGCCAUGACAGCAAUGAGAGCUUCACAAAAGGAGUACCCCCACGCCAUAAGAUCCAGCCAACAGGGGGCAGCGUGUUGGUAUCAGAGGAGCAGUACAAAGCCCUGGUGGACAAGACCUUCCCAGACCCUAACGGUGUGAAAGAGGAGGCUGCCCCACCUAUAGUGGUGAUGCCUGGACAGUUCCCCGUUUACCUGCAACUUCCCUACCACCGGGACGCUUACUUCUGUUUCCCCCAGGAAGAGCGCCAAUCCCAGUUCAUCUCCAUACUGACUGACUGUAUCCGGCACCAGAACCACGAUUUCCUGAAGAAGACAACGUGUGAUGUGCAGGCCUUCCUGAGAGCCAUCCAAUCAUACAGACAGGAGAAGGGCCACUAUGAAUCAUGGGACAUGCUGAUUGGCAGCGAUGUGCAGGUGCUGGCUAACCUUGUAAUGGAGGAGCUGUUACCCUCACUGCAAACAGAACUGCUGCCUCGUUUGAAGGGGAAGAAGACAGAGAGGAAGAGAGUGUGGUUUGCGACAGUAGAGGCGGCCUAUGCGCUGGUGCAGGACCAGCUCCGGGAGGGGCUUGUCGCUCUGAAAGAGGAGUGUGCAGCCUCGGCAAAACAACAGGAGGCCCUCAUCCGCUCCGAUAUGGACCAGAUCAUCAGCUCCCGAGCCUUCCUGGAGGGAAAGCUGCAGGCCAUGGUGUCUGACCCGGCCAUGCGGUUCUGUUCGGAGCAUGUGCAGCCGUACCUAACCUCCAUCCUGGAGGAGCUGAUGGGCCCAGUGAGUGCUGGUUUCCAGGAGACGCGGCAGGUCUGCGAAGGGAGGAUUGACGGGCUGUGCCGAGACUUCCAGGAGAACAGAGACGGGCUCAAAGAGGCUCUGGGGCAGUUGCGGAGGGCGAGCCUACGGGACUGUUACCGCCACGUAGACGUCCUGCGGGAAAAGCUUCAUGAGCUUCGCAACCGAUUCAAGUUCUCCAACACCGAACGGCUGGUCCAGAGUGCCCAGAUUGACAUCCAGCAGCUGAUGGAGAACGCGGUUUACACAUUUGAGCUACUUCUCCAAACGGCGCUGAAGGAGAACCAGACCAAACCAGGCUCUAUCAUGGAGAAAGCCAAACUCAGAGUCCUGAAACAAUAUGACUAUGACAGCAGCACGGUGCGGAAGAGGAUCUUUCAGCAGGCACUGGUGGACAUCACCCUCCCCGCCAUCAAGAGGAGCCUGGCUCCCAGCUGCAAACUGGAACUUCAGAAAUUUGAUCAGUUUAUUUUUGCUGAUUACACAAACUUCAUCGAAGUGGAAAAUGUCUAUGAAGGCAUCUUGUUGAAAAUACUGACUGCAGAAGUCAGCAAAGUGGUGAAAGAGGCUGCCAGCCUGAAGAAGCACAACCUGUUUGUGGACAGCACAGACCUACAGAGCGUGAGUCAGGCCAGCCUGAGCGAGAGAUGCACCCCGCCCCGCUCGGCCCCCUCCAGCCCCGCCAAGGCCCCGCCGCCCUCAUCCCAGCAGCCCACGGCCCCGCUGCAGGGGAAUGGCUUGCUGGAGGGCCCGGCCGUCGGGGACACAAAGAAGGAGGCCAUACCCACCGACCCACCGACCGCCCAGCCACCGCCCAGCCCCAGUGUGACGGUCACCGGUGCCAAAGAGGACCCCUCGGAAAGCAGCCCAGUGUCGCCCGGUCCCGGUGGUGCCCCAGAAGGUACUAGCGCAGACGCCGUUCCUGUCACGGAGGCGACCUCGGCUGAAGAGCCAGUGACAGAUAAGCCGGCCGACAUUAACCCUUCCUCAGAGGUGCCGGUCAGUGGUGCAGUCCAACUUGUCUCCCCCACUGAGGGGAAGGACAAUAGUGCAGUCCAUCUUGAUAUCACAGCUGAUGAGAAAGGAAGUGGUACAGUCCAAAGUGCCAUCUCCUUUGAGGGAAAGGACUGUGGAGCAGUCAAUCUGGACUCCCAUACACAGGAGAAGGAGUGCGAUGUAGUCUGUCCUGACUCCCUUGCCGUGGUGAAGGAUAGUGAGGCAGCCUGUCCAGCUGCUGACCCCACUGCUGACGUCGAGGCCAGUACUGCCUUGCCUGAGGACCUUAAGGGACGUGAAUCCCUUAGCCCUAUAAUCACAAAUACUGAGAGCGAGGAACAAUCCGGAACAUUCUCCGUCAGUGUCAGCCCUGCAGAAUGCAUCAUUCCCGCCAUAACACACCCUACUGAAGGAGUCCAGGAGCCACCCUCCUCUCUCAGCGCUGGCACUACCGUCGAAGUCCCAGAAGGUGGCACCCUUGACCAACAAACCAAAUUUACUGCGGAGAUUCAAGAGUCAGUCUCCUUGAGUGAGGAGCGCCCCCCUGAGGUGAAGGAGGAGUACGAGGAGGAGGAGCCGUCUUUAGACUGCAUAAGGGAGAUCAGAGACCUGGUGGUGGAGAUUAUCGAAGUUGAGGAACUGGUGCCCAGCCGCCCGGACAGCAGCAACCCAUGAGAAGAUCGUGGAAACCAGGGCUGAGCAUCGCAAAGGGAUUACAGAAUGCUCGUUUUAAAUCAAAGAAAGACUAUAGUGGCUGCCGAACACCAAGACCAAGCAAACUACAGACUGUGCCUGAACUCUGUACAUGUAUAUUCCACAGUAGAGUAAUAAACUAAAAGGUUGCUUAGCCAAGUACAAGUGAACCCGGUUGUUUCUCCAUACAAUAUAGAUUGGGGGUUUAAAAUUCAAUUAACUUGCUUUAUUUUAGGGGUUUAGUGAAGGUGGUUCAUUGAGUAUACACAAUGUUAAGACUACACAAGGGUUAAACUAAUACUAAUAUAAAUCUCAGACAAACAGCACACCUUUGCCCUGCAAAUUAUGUAUGUACAGAAGUGUCAUUUCAUAUGAAUAUUGUUAUGAUGACAGAGUUAAUUGUAAGGCUCUUAGAACAGUGUUUCAUGUAAGCAGUUCAUGUAAGCAGCCAUAUAUUAGCUUUAGUGGAUGGCAUGUAUUACUGUUGUACAUAUUAAUUUUGGUAAGGAGUCAUUGUAUACCUGUACUGUAUGCUUUUAAAUUACUGAAUGGGAUCACUGUUCAGUGCUAUCUGAGUUACAGUCAUCCGCAAAAGACUACAAUUAGCAUUAGCCUGAAAUGCACUAUUUCAUUGGAAACAGAAGGCUAUUAUGAGUCAUGAGAGCAUCUUAUAUCCAUGAUGGUAUCAAGUGUCUUUAUGUCAUGCUAGCUGGGAAAGGGAGAGCCAGGAGUUCACCAUGUUCCAGAAAAACCUAUGCAGCACCAAAAACUUUCUAAUCCAGUUAGUAACCAUAGUUUAUAACCAUUUUUGUACAUUUGAAUUGUUACAAUGUUUUGAAGAUUGACUAUGCAGCUUAUUAAUAAUGUAUCUGUGUUUGCUGAAUGGACAUGUUUAGUUACUCAAGCACAAUUUGGAAGUAUUCAGAGUGUUCAUGAGGAAUUUUGAUAAUCAACUAAAGUAAAGCUAAAGCAAAUGUAAUUAUUACAGGAAAAUGACUUAAUCAGUAUAAUCUGAAAAUUCUUUUUUGUGAAUGAUUUGAUGAUAUCUGAAAAUCCUAUGUCAAAUGGACACAUUUUCAGUUUGAUUCACUAAUAUUUAUCAGUUUAGCAAAACCAAAAAAACAUGAAUAUUGCGUGGGUUGGAGCUUUAUUGCCUGUGUAAAUGAAUGACAACAGUCAUUCAGCGCCAUAGCAGAAUUGCCAAAUACAUUUCUCGCCUAAUUUUUAUACUUAAAUAAAGGACUCCCUCAUCCUGAGGUGCAAAGCUGA